GAGGGGCGGCCCCGCCGGCCCGGCCCCGCCAUGGCCCCGCCGCCCGCAGCGCUCUGUCUGUUCGACGUGGAUGGGACCCUCACGGCCCCGCGCCAGAGGAUCUCCCCGGAGAUGGCGGCGUUCCUGCAGCGGCUGCGGCAGAAGGUGAAGGUUGGGGUGGUGGGAGGCUCCGACUUCGCCAAGAUCCGCGAGCAGCUGGGCGAGGACGUGGUUGAAAAAUUUGACUACGUGUUUCCAGAAAACGGUCUUGUAGCAUACAAGGAUGGGAAAUUCCUGAGCAAGCAGAGCAUUCAGGGUCACCUGGGUGAGGACAUUCUUCAGGAUCUAAUCAACUACUGCCUGAGUUACAUUGCAAAGAUUAAACUGCCAAAGAAGAGAGGCACUUUCAUCGAGUUCCGGAACGGGAUGUUAAAUGUGUCCCCCAUUGGAAGGAGCUGCAGCCAGGAAGAACGACUUGAGUUCUAUGAACUCGAUAAAAAGGAGCAUAUAAGAGAGAAAUUUGUGGCUGAUUUACGAAGAGAAUUUGCAGGCAAAGGCCUCACGUUUUCUAUAGGAGGGCAGAUAAGCAUCGAUGUGUUCCCCGAUGGCUGGGACAAGAGGUACUGCUUAGGAAUUGUUGCCAAUGAUGGAUACAAGACUAUUUAUUUCUUCGGAGACAAGACUAUGCCAGGAGGGAAUGACUAUGAAAUUUUCACAGACUCCAGAACAGAAGGCUACAGUGUCACAUCCCCCCAGGAUACCAGAAGAAUUUGUGAAGAGCUAUUUUUUAAAUAAAAGACUUUCAGAAUUCACACUUACAGGACGGUUAAAACAGCUUAAUAACUUGAGACAUCAUCUUCAUUCUGUAUUGAUUUAUGGUCUUGAAACUGGCCUGCAAGGCUUUAUCUCUAUUUUUUUUUUUAUUUUGAGGCUGCUUUUUAAAAGAUGAGCAUUUUAUAAGAGUUUUUUUUAAAUACUGCCUUGUGCUAUAAAAUCAUGAAUUAUGAGACAGUUGGGACUUUCUUGUCUGAAACUGGAAGAUGAGUAGAAGAGACAGGAUUUAUUUCUUCCUGGAGGUGGGAAGAUUGAACUGAGCCAUAAGUUCCUGACCCCACAUGUGUUCCAGUGUGUGGUCAGAAGGUGCUUCAGGUCUCCCACCCCUGGGAAGGCUGGACCAGCUGGGGCCAAAGUUACCUCCUCAGAAUGGCCCAGUCAGACCAUGGUACCUACACUCUGCAGACUACUAAAAUCUAAAAAAUAAAAAAUUUGUACAGAUAAUCAAAGUAACGUCAUCACAGUAACAAAAUAUAUUCCUGUCACUUUCUGAUAGUUUUCUGAUUUUCUUUGUAAGAAAGAAUUUAAGGGUAAGUGAGAUUUUAGUACUAAGAAAAUUACCUGAAUUAUGUUUCUCUUAAAAUUCAAGUCAACACCUGACAAUCCAUGUAACUGUUGAUAUUACUUUUCUCAUCUGGCAUUACAAAAGUAAUCUUGUGUAUGAACAAUUUGAUUUAGUAACAGAGAAAUAAAUCUCGUCAUAAAAAAUUA